AUGGAACGCAAAGCUAAUAGUGCGCGAGUUGACCUAGAGCAAAUGUUACUCGAUGAAACAACGGAGCCCAUGGCCCUGCCUUUAUCACUUUUGGAAUACAUCACAGAUGAUUUCUCUGGUGAUCGGGAGAUUGGAAGAGGUGGGUUUGCUGUGGUUUACAAGGGAACCAUUGGUGAUUGGGCGGUCGUCGUGAAGAGGCUGUCCAAUGCUUUUAUGGAUGAUAAAGAAUUUCACCGAGAGGUUCAAUGUCUGAUGCGGGUAAAGCACAAAAAUGUAGUUAGAUUUCUGGGAUAUUGUGCGGACAGACAAGGAAGUAUGGAAGCAUACAAUGGUAAACUUGUCAUGGCAGAUGUCCACCAACGAUUGCUUUGCUUCGAAUAUAUACCUAAAGGGAGUCUUGAUAAGUAUAUCAUCGAUGCAUAUCGUGGGUGGAGAACAUGCUAUAAAAUAAUUAAAGGGAUAUGUGAGGGGCUGCAGUUCCUUCAUGAGAAUCAUAUCAUUCACUUGGAUCUGAAACCUGCCAAUAUACUGCUCGACGAUAGCAUGACACCGAAAAUUACUGAUUUUGGACUCUCCAGAUGCUUUGAUGAAAAUCAGAGCCGGGAUAUUACCAAAACUAUAUUAGGAACAAUGGGGUAUUUGGCACCAGGAUUUCGUGAAGGGGGUGUAAUCACACCCAGCGCCGACUUGUAUAGUCUUGGUGUUAUUAUCAUAGAAAUACUGACCGGGCAGAAGGGCUAUCAAGCUACUGAGCAAGUACUUGAAAGUUGGAGUGAUAGAUUGGAGAGAUCACAACAAGACACACUAAGCAAGCAAAUCCGAGUAUGCUACGAGAUAGCUUUAGAGUGUGUAGACUUCAAUCCAAAGAAGAGACCAAGUGCACAAGAUAUAAUGGACAGGCUUCAUGAAUUGGAGAGUAUCGAGGCGGCGAAAGCUGUCUCUUGUACCUCAGGGACAAUGGAAUCCAAGGGGAAUAAGAGCAACGCCAAUCACCCAACAGUGUUUGUCUUAGCACCCGCCGCGUGGAGAGACGCGCUAUUGCAUGUGAACCGGACGGUCGUCAUGCCGCAGCCGGCAGUGGGUCCUGCGGCGUAUGGACUGGUGCAGGCCGACGAGGGCUUCGAUAAGGCAUGGCGCUCUGAAGCGCACUACUUGUCCCAGUGCCAGGAGGGGCUCACCAACGACAAACGCUACAAAGUGUACUGCCCCCCCAAGCUCAGUCUAGCUGCCGCCGACGCCACCACGACGCCAGAUAGCGUCAACCUCCUGCGUGAGUCCAUCAUCGCACAUCAGACGCCUAAUCUACAGAGCGCCAUGCCAUCGAGAUCUGACACCAUCAAUGCCAUGAUCCGGUCGGAUGAGAGUCAGAUACUGAAGAGAACCGACAAUAGACCGGUAGAAGGGAGCAUCCGACGCUGGCGAGCCCUCAAGAGCAGAAACCUUGGCCUUCGUGUCAACAGGAGUGGCAACAGGAUGACAGUUGAGCAUGCCAGCACGCUCAAGGAGCUCGUGCGCAUGCUUCUGCUGAUGAAGGAAGAAGCCAUCCGGUCGCUGAACAACCUCAAUGCCAAGAAAGUAAUGUAG